AUGGUGAUUGGGCCGUUUAGGCUCUCACUUUGUGUUUGCUUGGUGUUCCUCACAAGUGCAUGCUUUGGAACGAGGCUUGAAGAGAGUUUCAAUGAAUGCCAGCUCGACAGACUGAAUGCUUUGACGCCGGACAACCGGAUUGAGUCCGAAGGCGGCAUCACCGAGACAUGGAACUCGAACCACCCGGAGCUAAGGUGCGCCGGUGUCACGCUUCUGAAGCGCACCAUCUUCCCUAACGGCUUCCACUUGCCUUCCUACGCCAAUUAUCCCCAGCUCAUUUUCAUCGCCCAAGGCAAUGGAGUCUUUGGAGUAUCACUACCUGGAUGCCCUGUGACAUAUGAAGAGGCUGAGUCGCAGUCUAGAGAGGACAGACGACAACGUAUUGUUAUUAAGAGAGAGUCUGAACAAGAACAAGAACAACAGGGUGAUAGCCACCACAAAAUCUACCACUUCAGGCAAGGUCAUCUCCUUGCAAUCCCGGCAGGAGUUCCUUACUGGAGCUUUAACUAUGGAAAUGAGCCUAUUGUUGCCAUCACGCUUCUUGACACCAGCAACUUGGAUAACCAACUUGAUCCUUCUCCAAGGAGAUUCUACCUAGCUGGAAAUCCGGAAGAAGAGCAUCCAGAGACGCAACAACCACAGACGCGACGCAGGCAUGGGCAGCAUCAGCAAGAUGAGUAUGGUUCACAAGGGGAGGAAGAAGGCAACAACGUUUUGAGUGGAUUCAGUACACAACUACUAGCGCAUGCUUUCGGCGUGGAUGAGGAGAUAGCCAGGAUACUCCAGAACCCGCCAGAACAGACGAAGGACCAAAUCGUGAGAGUGGAGGGAGGAUUCAGAGACGUCAUAAGUCCUCGCUGGGGAGAAGGAAAACAGUAUGAAGAUGAACUAGAAGAAAGACAACGCCAACCACGAAGACGGGAUAAACAAGGAAAAGGAUAUGACUAUGAUGACGACCGUCGUCCACAUAGACAAGAUCCAUACAGAGAGGGAGACGAAGACGAUCGACGACCACGGGGUUCACGUCAAGGACAAGGAAGAGGAUACGAUGAUGACGACCGUCGUCCAGGUCAAUACGAAGAAGGAGAGGAAGACGAUCGACGGCCACGGAGGUCAUCACGUCCAAAAAGACAAGGAAGAAGGCAUGAUGACGACGACCGUCGUGCAGAUGAAGACGAUCGACGAGGAUACGAUGAUGACGAGCGUCGUCCAGAUGAAGACGAUCGACGAGGAUACGAUGAUGACGAGCGUCGUCCAGAGGAUGAUGAUCGACAAGGAUAUGAUGAUGACGAUCGACGACCACGGUGGUCAUCACGUCCAAAAGGACAAGGAAGAAACGGAGUGGAGGAAACACUAUGCAGUCCGACUCUUGUUGAGGACAUUGCCCGACCAUCCCGUGCUGAUUUCUAUAACCCUGCAGCCGGCCGCAUCAGCUCAGCUAACAGCUUGACCUUCCCCAUCCUCAGAUGGUUCCAACUCAGUGCGGAACACGUUCUCCUCUACAGGAAUGGCAUAUACAGUCCCCAUUGGAACAACAACGCAAACAGCAUAAUCUAUGGGUUAAGAGGGGAAGGAAGGAUCCAGGUGGUGAAUUCCCAAGGCAACGCGGUGUUCAAUGGUGUUCUAAGGGAAGGACAGAUUCUGCUGGUGCCGCAGAACUUCGCUGUGGGUAAGCAAGCCGGGAAUGAAGGAUUUGAGUAUGUGGCGUUCAAAACUGCUGAUCGUGCUUCAUCAGCCACCUCAAGCAAGUGCUUAGGGGAAUCCCCGCUGAUGUUCUCAUCAAUGCUUUUGGCCUUCGAAAUCAUCAAGUCAGUGCUCUCAAAUACAAUGGAAACCAGACCCCUUUGGUCGCUGCUUAUGAUUCCCAGUAUGGGCCUCAACGUCGUGAUCAACCUUAAUCAUAAUAAUAAUGCUCAAGUUGAUAGCAAGAAUAAUGAUGGUUCUAGAUUAUGGUGGCCAUCUUCAAUAAUAAUAUAG